CAGCAGCGCGCAGCCGAUCGAGCCAGCGCUGCAACACUGCGACCCCGUCGUCCACUCGUCCUAUAUAAAUAACCAAGACACGCUCGGCACGAGCUGAGCUAUCGGCAGAAACGGAGGCGCCCGGUAGACACAUCACCGCACUGUUCUCUCUUGUGCCUCUGCGCGCCAUAGGGAGGCUAGCUCUUGAGCUUAAUUCGCCAAUCGACGUCGCCGCCGUCUCGGCCAUGGCGUGGUGGCGCGAGAGGGUGGUCGCGCCGGUGCGCCGGGCGUGGCGGGCCGUGGCGCGGCGGGCGCGCAAGAACAGGAGCACAGGAGUCGUGGACCUACACAGGGACAUCCAGACCUGUGGAUACGACGAUGUUCAGGUGAUGUGGAACAUGCUGAGCUUGGAGAGACAAACCUCCGGCCUCAGGCCGGCGCCGGAGAAGCCACGGCGGGCCUCCUUCUGGAGGCCGUCGUUUUGGCACUGUGCAUCUGUGCAGCGCCGUGAGCUGCGGGUCUGAACUUUGGCAUGGACGCCUAUGGCGGGCGCCGUGUCAUCUGAGAAUCUCCAAUAAAACCCAGCUGUUACCUUGGUGAUAUGUACAUAAAAAGUAGAUUGUUACUCCGUAGAUGGGAAUGGGAGGAAUAAGUCAGGGAAAUCUUGCCUGCUGUCUUCUUCUGCUUCUGGUAUGAAAGAAAACAGGUUGUGAAUUAAUCAGUGUAAAUUCUGACUGAGCCGACAUUAUUUCAAAAUGUUGAAGUCAGUUUCCAAA